UGCCCCGCUGAUGCGGCCCCGGGCGACAAUGACCCCACAGUGAUGCAGGAUGUGGUGACCCCGAAUGACCUGCACAUGCAGUACUGCAAGAACGUGCUGUCCCACACGGUGCUCUUCACCUCCGACGCGGCGCUCCUGACGUCCGACGAGACGGCGAGGAUGGUGGUGGACAACGCUAACAUCCCCGGAUGGUGGGAGGACAGGUUCGAGAAGGCCAUGGUGAAGAUGGCCGGCAUCGAGGUCAAGACCGGUGACCAGGGACAGAUCAGGAAGAACUGCCGCGCAAUCAACUAGUACAAAUUAAGUGCGUUCAUGUACGUCUAGGUGCAUGCAUGUCAAAGGAUCGUCCAGUGUUUUGCUUCAUCCUGCAUGCAAAAUUUCUUUUUUUUAGCACCUACAAUUCUU